AUGGUGGUGGAAGAGAAGAAGAAGAAUAUUCUUAAUCAAGCUACACAGUUGUACAUGGUGAAUGCUACAGUUUACAAAUCACAUGAAGAUUUUGGCAAAAAGGUUGGACAUUGGACAAUAUUUCCCCUUGUUGAAAAGAUUUCAGAGUUGAAUGUUGAUUGGGUUUUUUUCCUUGAUGAAAUAACUGGUCUUAGUGUGGAAAAGCUAAUAAAAUUACUUUCAACAUAUAAUUCAUCGCAGGAACAUUUUAUUGGUUAUGCCCUACGUGAUUCUGAACCGACAAUCAUACAUCAUUUUGCAUCAAAUGAAGGAAAUUCAGCUGUUUUAUAUCCACACUUUGCUCCUGGGUUUGCGAUGAGUCUGCCUUUGAUACAGAAAAUACAUUCAAGAUUAUCUGAGGAUUUUGAACAUGCAUUCUCUAUUGAUCCUAAAUAUGAGAUUGCAAAAUUCAUAUGGAACAAUGGAAUGGGCAUUCAGUUACAGCAUUCUGAAAAUUUUUGUAUCAAAAAUAAGGAGCCACAUUGUGUUUCAUGGAUUGAGGAAGGACUUCCAACUUGUAGUGCUGUGGUUUCAACUAGUAAAAUUUUUGUUGCCGUAAAAACUUGCCAUAAGUUUCAUGAAAACAGAGUGAAAGUGAUAAAAAGUACUUGGGCUCCAGAAGUUGAAAAUUUGCAUUUUUUCAGUGAUAAAAAUGACCAUUUAAUUCCAACUAUAACGUUAAAUGUUGAAAAUGUUCCUAAUGGACACUGCGAGAAAACAUUAUCUAUUAUGAAGUAUUACUUACAGAUGAAGGAUCCAUUAGAUUGGCUCAUUAUAGUUGAUGAUGAUACUCUUCUCAAUUAUCGAAGAUUGUUGAAAUUAUUGUCUUGCUAUGAUUCUUCUAUAAGUGUUGCUCUCGGUGAAAGGUACGGAUACAGUGUGACGAAUAAUCUUGGAUAUGAUUACAUUACUGGUGGGGGUGGAAUGGCCUUUUCACUGCCAGCUGUUACAACAUUAGUCAAAAAUUGUUAUUGUCCAUCCAUUGAUUCACCUGAUGAUAUGAUAAUUGGUAUGUGCCUUAAGAAGUUGAACAUUCCAGUCACCCAUUCUCAUCUGUUUCAUCAGGCAAGGCCUACUGAUUACUCUUUUGACCUUUUAAAGCCAUUUAAGCAGAUAUCUUUUCAUAAGCAUUGGAUGAUCGACCCUUAUUAUGUGUAUUCUACGUGGUUGAAAGACAACAUGACAAGAUACCAGCAUGUUGAACUGUAAAUUAAAUUCCAUUUCUAAUACUUAGGUUAAACAUUUUGUAUCUAUAUUAGUGAUGUGCCAGAUCGUUAAAAAGUAGAUCCAUGGAUACGGAUCUGGAUCAUUAGUGUCAAGAUCCGCGGAUACGGAUCUCAUUUUUUUUUUACCCAAUUCCAAGUGUAAAAUUUGUUGCGGAAGGUAUUCCCGUCAGAAUAAUGGCAGUUUCUUCAAAGAAUGUCAACUGCGGUAAAAAUAUAAUCAAGGCUAUGAUUUACUCUUUAAAGAAAUCUUCGUUAAAAUUGAGGGAGAGUUGGAAGGAAUCUGUCAGCACUGCAUUUAUGCUGAAAUAAAAUGGGAAAAAUUAUUUCUAGCAUGUCCAGUAGCAGCUUUACACUCUUGCUCCUGUAUCCUACAUCUACCGAGUAAGCUUGAAAUAAUUUUUCACAUUCCAUCUGAGCAUUAAUGCAGGUCUGACCCAUUCCACCGAACUUCUACGACCGUCGAAAUUCAGAGUUGGGAACACCUUAACAAACAGUAAAUAGAGAAUUUAGUUUCCCUUUUUUUAAAGAAUGCCGAGAAAAACAAAAAUGAAAAAUAACAGAAACCAAAAUCAAUAACAAAAACUAAUAUUAAAUUAAAAAUUAAAAAAUCAAAACAUGUCUCAGAGAGCCGACCUCACAUUAAGAUGAAUUUCGUGUGUCAGAACACACAUUUGUUAACAAAUAUGAACUGACAGCAGC